AGCGUUGUUGGUCGUCUGGCGUCUCUCUUCGAUGAUAUAUAAUUAUUGUCAGUCUAAAUAAUUCAAACGAAGAGUCAAAAGUGGUAAAUAAACAAAAACAAAGUUCGGGAUUCUCGUUCGUGGAUUGGCAGUGAAUAAAUCAGCAACGAUGACCUUUAAAUCUUAGUUCUAAACGUCGAGGUCUACUUCUGUUUAUGCGACGCAGUCACAGUGAUCAUAGAAAGAAAUCUUUGAAAGUCAACUCAACUAUUCUCGUCUUCUACUAUUUUCUCGUCAAUAGACCCAAUGAAAAUAUUAUGAUUGUUUCAACAAAUUUCAAGGAUCUGUAUACUCUGCGAUAUUAGUGUCACGCAUAAUUGAACUUGAAAACCCCGAAAUUUUGACAGUAAACAAAACUGACAGCCUACCAUUUGCGGGUCAUGCUGCUGUAAUGGUGACAGUUCGUUGAAGCACAUCCUUAAAAAAAAUUAUUCUGUAACUGUGAUCGAUUUUUAAAAAUCUGUGCCGUGUUGCGGAUCAUCUUGUGAAGAUAGAGAAAGAAUUAUUUUUUAAUAUUAAUAAAUUUGUAAACCAUCGUUGUGCCAAUGUUUUUAGCUAAAGUUAUGUCAUUAGUAUCGUAAUUAUAACUAAUAACGUGAAAAUUCCCAGUGUGAUGCGGCUCUCUGAAAACGCAUGUCCCGUAUCCGUUGUGUUUACAGUUUUUAAUUAGCGAUCAAGAUAAUGUUAGGCAAAAUACCGCCUUCCAAUACCCCUGGACCACCAUCGCCACAAAUCUCAUCAUUGAGAACUGGCCAAACGACAACGGCUACUUGUCUGCCGUGCUUCUCUGCAGAUAAUGGUGCCGCAGGUAAUUUUGAAGAGAAGAUAAAGACUUGGAGACCCAAAAACAACGCAUCUGUAGUUUCAGAAGUUCCUGCUAAUUUUCAACCCCAAAACUCUAAGGAUACGGCUAGUAAAUCUCAGAGGCCAGAAUUCAAAACACCUCACCCUGAAGAUUCUUCUUCCUCCACUUCUAAUUUCUCACCUUUUAAUGAGUCUUGUAAUCUGAAUGGCCAGAGUAGCCCUUCUGCCAUCAAAAACCCAUCUCUUAUCCACAAAUGUUCCUCAAAUCCAAAUUGUCCCACUAUUACAUCUGCCAAAUCAAAUGUGGGUGUUAACAGUGCUUCCAAAAUAUCCAAAAAUCUAUCGUCAUCCAGUCUGGGCUGUUUGAAUGUUGAGGUAAUCAACAGAGAAGUGACUAAGUCUAUAAAUAAAUUAUGUACGGGUACUAGAGAAAAGGAUUCAUUGAAAUCAGGCAAAGAGAAACGAAGAACAUCUGCAUCAAACUCUACGGAUUUGUCGAAGAACUCUGACACCUUGACAAAAGCUUGUAACAACAAAUUAUUAACAGCUAGAUCCUCGAUAGAAUCUGAUACAGAAGAGAACUUUUCAUCAAUAGCUCGGAAUCAUCCCAGAGUCAACACAUGCAAUGAAACAAACAAUUCGCCAAAUCCGUCGGACUUCCUGUGUUCGAGUCCAUUUAAAGAAUGUGAAAAUAUGGACAACCUGCAACACUGUCUGUCUUUUCCUUCUCUACAUUUACCCACCGAAUUACAAAGCUCUCCGAGGAGCCUAAAAGACAGAGAAAAAACACGCGAUCCAUGGAAACCAACAGAAAUGGAAGGCCAUUCUGCCAACCUCAACGUCUAUUCAGGAGAUACGAAUCAGGACUAUUCCACCAAAAGGAGAACAGGAGCAUCUUGUCAAGCUCUAAGACAUGCAGUUGCUUCUCUGAAUCGACUGGAUGAUUUUUAUCUUGAGAAAAUUGGUGCUGGCUUUUUCUCUGAAGUUUUCAAGGUUACUCAUAAAGUUUCGGGUCAAGUUAUGGUUCUAAAAAUGAAUCAGCUUCCAGCCAAUAGGCCAAAUAUGCUCAAAGAAGUUCAAUUGAUGAACAAACUCAGUCAUCCAAAUAUAUUGAGGUUUAUGGGGGUGUGUGUCCACGAGGGUCAACUUCAUGCCCUUACAGAAUAUAUUAACGGAGGUAGCUUAGAACAGCUGAUAAUGGCCAGACAUACGCCAUUGCCUCAUCUAGUGAGAAUGAGUCUUGCCAAAGACGUUGCUCGUGGAAUGACCUAUCUCCAUAGUCGAGGUUUAUUCCAUCGGGAUUUAACGUCAAAAAAUGUAUUAAUUAAAAAAGAUAAGUUUAAUGGUGAGAUGGUAGCUGUUGUCGGAGAUUUCGGACUAGCAGCUAAAAUUCCAGAUCCUAAUUCUGGAUACCGAUUGAGCACAGUGGGUAGUCCAUAUUGGAUGUCACCUGAGUGCCUAAAGGGACAAUGGUAUGACCACAGGUCCGAUGUUUUCUCCUUCGGUAUCGUUGUUUGUGAACUCAUCGGCAGAGUCUCCGCCGAUCCGGACGUUUUAUCACGCUCCGACAAUUUCGGCCUUGAUUAUCUAGCCGUUGGUGAAAUCUGCAGUGCUGCUGACCCGCCACCAGCUUUCCUGCAAUUGGCGUUCAAUUGUUGUAGAUAUGAGCCAAAGUCAAGGCCAACUUUCCCAGAGAUUGUUGCCAGCUUGGAAACAAUAAUAUUGUCUUAUCAAGAAGAGUCCAAGAAUGCUAUGAGCAAACGUCAAUCUGCUGAUCCAGCAUUGCUUUCUAGCUUAGAUGAGAUCGGAAGAGAAAGUCGAUGUCCAAAACGAAGAGCUGCAAGACAGCGAAGUCAUUCUGCGGAUGCUAGAGGCUGUGACAAUGCAACUCCUUCGGACAAAGCUAGAUGUCAUUCGACUCGACGGGUUGCUGAAUUGGCCAGUAAAAGAGAUCCUCAUUAUAGACCUAUGACAGCUAAUCCAUUUCACGCUUUGGGAGGUGUCAAGAAAAUCCUAGGGGACUUAUUCUCCAGCUGUUUAGAACUACCGUCCCUGGAGGACGUUAGGCCAAGCGUUACAGAUAGUGGUGCAAGUAAAUUCAAACCAGCACAGAACGAUAGUAUAGCUAAGAUUCUAAACAGGAGAAAACCCAGUUCUGAGCCAAGCAGCCCGACUGCAAGGAAAAAGUGGGAGAAAAAGGUGGCUACUAAGGUUGGCGCUGCUAGCUUGUUCGCUCACCCUUUAUUCAGGGAGGGUUGGGAACCAAGACGCCGUGGCAGCUGUGAAUCUGGGUUUUGGAGUUGCGUCGGAGAAGAUCUUAGUCCUGAACCACCCAAUCGUCGUCACGCCUCGACGCUCAGCAGCUCUGCAGCUAGUAGUUUGUUCUUGUUAGAUGACCACAGGACUAGCUCGAUAUACACAGAUUCUUCUGAGGAUAUAGCAAGUCUAGGUGGCGGGGACUCAACUUAUUGGGAGGAUAGGCUAGGCAGCAUAAAUUCAACUAGUAAGACUAUUUCUAAGAUAGUAGAAUACUUUGAGAGGAAACAAGCUUCUGGGAGCAGCUUGAGGCUAGGAGAUUCUAGUCUAGACGCUGGACCGAGCAGGAUGGCUUUGUUGAGAGCAAGUUUGGAGGAGACUGUACCUAUUUGUAGCAUCUCUGCAGCGCAACGACUCGUCGUGUGUGAAGGAGCAGUACGUAGUAAACUUUCACUAUUUGAUAAAAAAUGACCGAUUCGGUUACCCGGCUCUACGUACGAUAUCGAAGAAUUUAUGUGAAUUUUAUUAUUGACUUUGAACCGGAAGGUAAGCAAAGACCACGUUCGUACCACUCAGACUUCCCUAUUUCAUAUGCUGCACAAAAUCUUUGAACAUUAGCAUUGCAGCUAUAGGUGAGUCUGUUCAUGUAUUUUUAUCUUUUUUAUCAUGGAAAAUAUUUGACAAUCAGAGGAUGUGAUAACAUUCAAUGUUUGUCAUAUUUUUGACAUCAUUUAGAUGUUGAUAGAUUAUUUUCAAAUGGGGAUUCGUGUUUGUUGAUACAAACGUUGGUUCUUGUCGCAUCGUCAAAGUUAUAUAUAAAAUUCAGAGCAAAUAUAAAUGUGUGAUGAAUUCAUUUUGAUAUCGAUCGCAGGAAGUCGGGUAAAUGAAAAGGAGGGAAAAAGUUGUGUACAAAGCAAAAUAAUGGAGUGAACAAAAACGUAAUAAUUUUAGAGCUGUAGAUGCUUAUUAGUUUCCGUCAGAAACGUUGAGAUUUCUGCGAAAUUUCUAUUGUCUUAGAAUGAAUUAGAAUUUUUUAAAUUCUUGAAUUUUGAGGUCUUCAAGUGUCUAAUGUCGCUUUCCAAAAUUAACACACCGCCUCAUAGUUCCUACUAGCCAGCUCCGUCCUAAAUAUUGUAAGUUAUUCGAUUUAGCUGCAUUCUAAAACAUGUAGUGUCCAAAACCCGGUCAGUAGCUAAUUAUCACAAACUAAGGAAGUAAAUUUUUUGACGGACUGAUUUAAAUCCCACGUAUCUGUAUACAAAUAUUUAUGGUAUCUAAAUUAUUCUUCGUAACUCGCGAUAUCUUCUUUUUUUUUAGACAGAUUACAGCUUCGAUGAAAUGAUCAGUUCUAAUUUGAAUGAGGAGCAUAAACCGUCCGACUAGUAGGUACAUUUUAAAAUGACUGAGGCUAUUCCUCAAUAUCCCUAAAUCAUUAUCAUCGUCAAUUGUGAACAGGGUGAAUUAUUAUGAAUUUUUUUCUUGCAAACUUCAACAUUUGGCUGGUAGUAAUUCGAACGAUUUUGUGGACAAAAAUUAGUAUAGAAAAGCCAUUUAUAGUGCGGAGGAUACCCAUACAGCGAGAAUAAAAAAUGAAUAUAUGAAACUGAUCUAGUCAGUGUAUUUAUGAGGCGGCCUUAUAUUCUGUACGCCGUAGGGCUAAAAGAAGAAAAAAAUUAAUAUUGUUAGAAAUUAUUUUAAGUAUAAGUCGGAUGAAAUGCGCGUAAAUAAUGUAUAUUAUAAUUUAGAAGGAAAUUUAUCUAAUCAAGGAAUUGUAUGUAUAAUCUAUAAAUAUAUGUAUUUGAUACCAACCGCGGCGAUCCCAUACGGCAAAUUAUUCAGAUCGGUGUUUCUGAUUUCUCAUAGAAUUGCUUAGAAAUAUGACAGCCGUAUCACGAUUUCAAUUGAAGUAUAUUCUGUCCUGCUAUAAAAUUGAUCGUCGGGUUGUAUUUUUCAUUUUUUAAUAUUAAAUUCAACCGUACGAACUUGAACCAGUAAAUAAAUUAUUAAUAUUAUUCGGACCUCGGGAAGCCUACGAAAUAUAAGACUGUAUGAUUGUUGAAUUUUGAAUAAUGUAUGUAUGUAAGUAUAGGUAGUUUGAAAAUGAUUUUCUGAAUGCAAACAGGUGAACUCGAUUCGUCAACCGCUCGAGGCUUGAACAAAAACCCUUCCAAGAUAAUCGCUAAUCGCGUAUAAAUCUGAAGUCUACCUUAAAAUCACCUACGGAGAGAACAUAUCAGAAGAAGAUCAUAUCUCGGCGUGAAUUUCUUUACUCGUUGCAAGGAUAUUAGAAAAAAAAAUUAAAUAAAAAAUUGUGACGGUGUAAACGCAUUUUAAGAAAAAAUAAUAUGAGAUAUUUAUUUUAUGUGGAAAUAGACGUAGAUUGUACAAAAACAAGAAAAGGAAAUUGAAAAAAAAAAUAGUAAAAAAGAAAAGGAAAAAAACAAAUAAUUGCAAAUCAUUUCUUCCAUACAUUUGACUUUGUCGUAUGAACAUAACAUGCAAUUUCUUUAUAUAGUUGAAGAAAUAAAACACAACAAACACUUAGACUUUAUACUUCGUUCUUCACAUGAUUGCCGUACAGAACACACACUAAUUUUUCAUAGCCAUAAUUUCAAAAUAAAUAAAAUGAUUAUUGGGGGAGGGGGGUGAUUUGAAAUGAUUAUGAUAAAGUUUCGUAUUUGUUGGGUAGAGUCGCGAAUUAUUCGAAACUUGUGUAGAACGAAGUAUAGCUGUAUGUACAUACAUAUAUGUAUAUUAUUACUAAUAGCAACGUUUAACAUGGCUCGCCCUUAUUAUGUGCUAAGUUAUGAAUUAUGUUAUUAUUAUACAAAUUAAAUAAAAGUUUAACGUGAUGCGUUCUAGGAAUAUAAUAUAUCCAAUAAAUAUAAAUAAUAAACAAAUGAUAAUAUGAUUAAUAUUUGAAAAAACAAUUACGAUAAUUAUUAUUAAUAACAACAAUAGCAACCUUGGUUGAUAAACGUAAAAUAUUACAGUGAAACUAUUAUAUUGUAAAGAUUCCUAUAUACAAAAAUAAAGAUAAGAGCUCACAAUUUUUACCAAAAUCUUAAA